CUCUCUCUCUCUCUCUCUCUUUGUGGUGAGCAGCAGUAGUUCGUGGAACUCAGUCGGGCAGCGGACCGUUCUCCUUCUCUCUGAGAUCGCACAGAAGUAGACGAAGAGCUCCUGCUCCUCUCCGUUCUGACUCCUUCACCUCUCUUCUCCUCUCUUCUCCUCUCUUCUCCUCUCUUCUCCUCUCUUACCUCUCAUCCCCCUCUCACCCCCCUGAGCUGGGGGUUAGCGGGGGUCUGUGAAGUGUGUGGGAGGGGGAGGGGGAGUCAGGAUGGAAGCGGUGGCUCUCUAUUCUUUCAGAGCCACGGAGGGUGACGAGCUCAGCUUCAACAAGGGAGACGUACUCAAGAUCAUCAACAUGGAGGAUGAUCCUAAUUGGUACACAGCAGAGCUCUCCAACAAGAAAGGCUACGUACCCAAAAACUACAUCAACGUCAAACCACACGCGUGGUUUGCAGGCCGUGUAUCCCGAGGGGUAGCAGAGGGCAGACUGAGACAGAGAGACUGUGGAGCGUUCAUCGUCAGAGAGAGUGAGAGUGCUCCAGGAGAAUUCUCCAUGUCUGUCAG